CAAUUGUCAGUCGUGCCGUUGCGUAUCCUGUUGACUGAUGCACUUGGUUGACGGUGUCCAGAGUUGUAAAAUUGUUGCGUUAUUCCUAGACUACAUGUGUCUGUGAUUCAUCAAUUGCGAAGUUAUGGAUCUUGUGAAGACCAUUGCCGACGACGAGGAUGUUGAAGAGGACAACUCUGAGGAUGAAUCCGACGUAGAUAAAACGAAACCCUCAGUUUUAUCGAAACAGGCUAAGGGUGAUUUUGACAAUAAAUUCCACUUUGUCGGCAACAUUGACGAAUAUCAUUAUGACUCCUGGUCCGAACUUGCGAAAUAUGUGAAGGAGAAGAAGUAUGUGAAGCGUUCGAUUGAUGAACGUAUUGCGGCCUCAACCGUUUCCAGGAAACGACAGCAAGACGAUGAUCUCACGAUGGCUAUGCCGGAUGUUGAAGUUGAAGAUGACGCCGAUCAUUUGAUGUCUGAAAGUUAUGACGUGGUUUCGACGAAAGAUAAGAAGGGGAAAAAACGUCCGCAACGGAGUGGUGAUUUAGCGGGAGUCAAAGUGGAAGACGAUGAUGGAUAUUUUGAGAAAAAUAAGCAAUUCGGCCAAAUUUCGUCCUUUCAUCAAAUGAACCUCUCCAGGCCUCUCUUGAAAGCAAUCACGGCCAUGAAUUUCGUUACGCCCACUCCGGUACAAGCAGCUGCUAUUCCUGUUGGGUUGCUUGGUCGUGACAUUUGUGGAUGUGCAGCUACCGGAACAGGAAAAACUGCAGCCUACAUGCUGCCAAUUCUCGAACGACUUCUGUUUAAACCCCAUGGUUCAUCGGGGACAGCGGUUACCCGAGUCCUGGUUCUCGUACCUACGCGUGAAUUAGGCGUUCAGGUUUUCCAAGUUGCAAAGCAGCUUUCGCAAUUCACGCGCAUUCAAAUCGGACUUUCCGUCGGUGGAUUGGACAUCAAAGCACAAGAAGCCUCGCUUCGGUCGAAUCCAGAUAUCGUCAUUGCCACGCCGGGUAGAUUGAUCGACCACAUCCACAACACCCCCACGUUCCACCUGGAUGACAUUGAGUUGUUAAUUCUUGAUGAAGCUGAUCGUAUGUUGGAUGAACAUUUUGCGGAUCAGUUGAACGAGAUCAUCAAGGAAUGUAGUCCAACGCGACAGACAAUGUUGUUCUCUGCUACUAUGACAGAGUCUGUGGAAGAUCUCGCAACGUUAUCUUUGAAGAGACCUGUCAAGAUUUUUAUAGAUUCGAAUCAAUCUGUGGCUGAAAAUCUGCAGCAGGAGUUCAUCAAAAUUCGGAAAAAUCAGGAGAAUGACCGGGAGGCAAUUCUCGCCGCAUUGCUCACCAGAACCUUUCAUGACCACGUGAUCGUAUUCGUGCCAACGAAGAAAGGAGCACAUCACCUCCACGUGCUUCUCGGCCUUCUUGGUAUUAAAGCCGGGGAAUUGCACGGUGAUAUGAACCAAAUAGAGCGACUCAAUACUCUCAAGCGCUUUAAGGAGGACGAAUACGACGUUUUACUCGCCACUGACGUCGCAGCCCGUGGAUUGGACAUUUACGGAGUUAAAACAGUGAUAAACUACGAGCUUCCGAACUCCUUCCAGCAUUACAUUCAUCGAGUGGGUCGAACAGCCCGAGCAGGUCGCGUUGGUCGCUCAGUAUCUCUUGUCGGUGAGAAGGAACGGAGACUGUUCCGGGAAAUCAUCAGAAAUUCCAAGAAUCCUGUCAAAAGUCGCUCGAUCCCAUCCGAAGUCAUUGCAAAAUUCAAGCAAGAUUUGGAAGACAUGUCGGUCGAAGCAGAGAGAAUUUUAGAAGAGGAAGCAACCGAUAAGGAAUUGAAACGUGCGGAUAAUACCGUAUGUCGCGCGGAUCAGAUAAUGAACAACAAAGAACCCCCUGCGCCUGGACGAGAGUGGUUUGAAAAGCGAGGCCAGAAACGACCCCAAGAAGACCAGCCAAUGGAACCGAUGUCUGGUCGCAAGAAGAAAAGACUCGAAGACAAGCAACACCGCCUGCAAAAGAAACUCAGCAAAGAAGUGCAUCCCUUAAAUUGGAGGCAUCAAAGGAAGAUGGAUGCGCUACAAAAAGAGGCGGAUUUCCAAGUUCGUUGUGCGAAACGGGCUGGAAAACAACCCCGAAUUCGUGCUUUCAACGAUAGAAAUGGAAUGGAAGAUCACAGCAAGCCUUCCAGAUCUUUUGAAGUUGACCUCACGAACACUUCCCGCCAAGCUGUGAAGAAACUCAAAUACAAGACCACGGAGUUCAGAAAAGAGGAAAGGCAGGCAAAGAAGCCGUUUUUCGGGCAAGGCGGUCGUCAAACACGAGUUACUAAACAAGGGAAGAAAGAAGAUGGAUUUGCUGGAAAGAAACACGGUGGAUUUGCUGGAAAGAAACAAGGUGGAUUUGGUGGAAAGAAAGAAGGUGGAUUCGGUGGGAGGAAACAAGGUGGAUUUGGUGGAAAGAAAGAAGGUGGAUUUGGUGGAAAGAAAGAAGGUGGAUUCGGUGGGAGGAAACAAGGGGGAUUCGGUGGAAGGAAACAAGGGGGAUCCGGUGGAAAAAAACAAGGCGGAUUCCAUGGGAAGAAACAGGGUGAUCCGUGA